AGAUCAAUUCCAUAUGCGAAGGCUUUUGAUACAUCUAGUUGUCCUUCUAGUACUAUUACUAGAAGGACACAAUGUUCUAGGGUUUGCAAGUGCGCCAGGGACCUAUCCAGAAGAAGAAACACGAGCUGGUAAUGAUAUGGAAGUGCCCAAAAAUCCAUAUGAAAGCACAUGGACCGGAUAUGAUUUUUAUUAUGAAAAGGAGCCAAAGAAGGUCCCACCCUCCGCAGGCAGCGGAAAAAUGCCAGCGUUCCAGUCGAUCGCGUCCAUCUCAACAGACCGUGAAUCUCCAGAAGACCCAGGAAAUAGUGGUUAUUUAGCGUCCGGAGCCGAAUCUGGACCCAAGAAAACCACGUCGAAACCUGCAACAACACCCACUCCAGAACCUACCACUACUCCCGUAGAAGAAGAAAAAGUAAAAGUGUCGCCGAGCAGUAGUACUAAAGAUCCAUCAAAGCUGCACAAAACCACCAAAACACCUGUCACUAUCACAAAUAUAAUAUCAACCACCACUGCACCACCAGCGCCAUCUAGAGCACCAGAAAAUGAUCCGGAAUCCGGAUCCGACCAAUCGGAGAGCACUGAUAAUUUGGAUUUACUUUACGGCGGGGGAAGUUCUGCCACAGCCACCGGGGAGGAUAAGAAAGACCCUCCCAAACUGCAUGAUCCACCUCCACCGCAUCCAUCUGCACCACAAAACCUUUUAACCCAAUUGAUUCAAAAGAAGAAGGAUGCACCAAACAAAGGAUCAUCUGAGAAAAGUUCCAAAUGGUCAGAUGAUCAUGCUUCCGGGUAUCCGGAGGGAAGUGCUCCUAGCGCUGAGCCAUCUGAAAACCAGUAUGAGCAAGAUGGUUCUAUUCCAUCGUCGAAUGACUACAAAGAGCUCACAGAUGUACCAGGUACAAAGCCAAGCUCUUCAGCUUCACGUGGUUCAAAUAUGGCAGGUAACCCCACAGCACCGCUCACCACCACUCAGCACACUUUUGCACCAAACAGCACUGAAACAUCAAGAUCUUCUACUAGCAGAGGAAAGGCUCCUGGGACCGAACCUAAGUCUGAAGCUCGGUAUAGCUCUCAGAAUCCUUACUCAGACAACUCGAGCACCCAGAAGCCAGAAUACGAAUCUGGAUACCCAGCGGUGUCUGGAGCAAACUCAAGAGCCCAAAUUCCUAAUAUCACGGACUACACUAAACCAUCAGCAGUGUCAAUUGAAUACGCAUCAAGCUCGAAGGAAAGGUCUGAUCCUCCAUUUUCAACACCCUUAACAUCUAAUUCACAACAUGUACUUACACAGCCAAGGCCAAGGGAUUAUGAAGAUGGCCCGCAGGAGACAACUCGGACAAAAGCUAGUGGCACAAAAUCACCUAACUCACUCCAAGCACCUCAACAAACUGCAGCACAUCUCAUGAAAAAUGCCAGAGCACCUGGUCCGGAGCCAAGUCUUCACAGCACUACCACUCACCACGUACAAACACCAAUUAUCACCAUAGCACCCAAGUUUUCAGAACCAUCACCAUAUGCAGAAAAUAUUAUGCUUACACCAAAGCAGGCACCUGGCACCGAACCUCGGUCUAACUCUCAGAACCCUCAAACAGAUCGGUUAGCCUCCCAAUCAGGAUAUGAAUCCGGCGGGCCUGGACGUCCACAAAAUGUUUCAAUAAGACACCGAGAGAAUCCAAAGGGAUCUGAUGCAAUUUCAAGAACCGCUAUUACUCCUUCUAAGAUUGAUUACUUUGCACCAUCGUCACCAACAGGGCCAAUUGGAUAUGAACGUCAAGUCCCGAGUUUCAAGGAAGGACCAGAUCAUCAAUAUACAAAAUACUCCACGCUCAAUUCACCACCUGCACCAUCACCACAAGAGUCAAGCACAAUCACUCACCAUGUCUCCACAUCACCCGACUUUUUAGAGCCAUCAUCAGAAAGUUCUGUGCUCUUACCGAAGCAAGCACCCGGCACCAAUCCGAGCACGUCUAAUAGUCCACCUGGAUAUUCUGAACUAAUUGGCCCCUCUGGUCCCGGUAAUGGUCUACCUGAAGCACCCAGUCACGCCGCACAAAACAUUCCCAGAGCACACACGUUUUCAGAGUCACAAGGGUACGAACCGAUGGGAAACAAUGGGCCAAGUAUCUUUGAGGGUCCUGGAACAGAAUCUGGAUAUUCUGAGCCUAAAGCUCUUAGUACUGCGUCACAAAAGACUAAACCAGAUGACAAGCCAUACGAAAUACCACGUAGCAUUGAGCCCAGCAAUUCGAAACCAUAUCCAUCUGACAGUUCCUGGUCUGACCAUGACAAUGCUCCUGGCAGUGAGCCAAGCUACAUCCCGGACGUUUUAGACUACGGAGCACGAGCCAAUAAUCACGCGGGCAAAAUGAUGAAUAUGUCACAUGCCACGUCACCAAGCACCGGUUCACCAUCUAACUCGAACAAUGCGAUUUCCGCACGAGACCCAUAUGAUCACUUUGGCACUAUCACUGCACCAUCUGACAUUCCACGUGCCAAUUCAAAUUUUGAAGAAUACCCGGACGAUGGAGGAUAUGACGGGACGAAUGAUGUGGCAAUUGUGCCUUUGAGAACACAGCACGGCACAAAUCCUUCCACCAUCACUACCACGAACACUCAAGUGAGAGCACAAAUUUCAGAAAUUGAUCGGAUUGCUGAAUCUUUCGAGAACUCGGCGCGGGAACCUGUGGAGUAUGAACAGCGAAUUACUAGUGAAUCAUCGAAGGGAAUUACAGCUGUAACCGGAAAAGAUUUUAUGAAGAAGCUUGGAAGAAAGUCGCCAACAUGUUGCUCAUGUUGUGACGAGAAGCAGUCUGUGAGCAGAAAUAUUGAGACACAGGCUGACCCAUUGCAUGUUCAACACGCAGUCGACCCAUCACGGCAGUUAGUCGAAUCCGAGCCAGUGCAGAACUUUGUCCCUCUCCAGAACACCGUUGGAGGGAACGCCUAUAUUCAGCCACAACCAGUCGCUCAACAACAAACCAUCUACCAACAACCUUUCCAGCAAUACCAACCACAGUACCCACAAUCUUAUCAGCAACCAUCCUGCGGGUGCCAGCCACAGCCUCAAAACUGUUGUGCUCCACCUGCUCCUUGCUGUCUCCCAACAAUUCCAUGUUGUCCACCAAUACCUUGCUGCCCGCAACCGAAGAUUUGCUGUCAGCCAGCGCCAGUCUGUCUCCCUCCACCAACUUGUUGCUCGAUUAACUUUAAACUUCCGACUAUUCCAAUCUGUGGUAGAGCCUGCCCAUCGUGUCCAUGUCGACGGAGAAUGCACAAAUCACGUCGUCUCAAGCGUCACUCAAUUAACUCGAACUGUCAUCAGUGCUCUUCUGCCGGUGAGCCAUGGAGAUCUGUGUUGCAUCACCGAGAGAAACGUGCAGCUCCGGGAUGCACUUCCGGUUUUUCGACGAUGAGUCAAAAUUCGUGUGGCACAUGUGGAGCGUCAAAUCUCAGAUCGCCACGUGUCAAGCGUAUGGGAUGUCUGCCGUGUCUGGGAAGAAAGAAGCGAGAUACCGAUGAGAAUUCUCAUAUUAGAGUGAAGAGAAUGGGAUGUCUUCCAUGCCUGGGUCGUAAGAAACGCAGUACCCUAUCACAAUCGGGAUGUUCUCAAUGUAAUAGUAUGGGUCAUUUGUUCAAUCGCUACAAGAGGAGUCUAUUUGGAGGAUGUUCGCCGUGUGCACCACAGCAACCCUGCGGAUGUGGCCGUAAGAAGCGAUCGGUCACCAUGAAGCUCGUCAAGAGAGCUCCGAUGCAGUGUGACUCCACAUGUUGCGACUUUUCAAGAUGUCCAUAUCGCCAGAAGAAAGAAGCGCUGGUGCCGUUUAUGUAGAGCUCACAGAUGAUAAGAUCACAUCGACGGGUUGUACAUACCUCAUAGAAUCAUCAUAUUGACUGCUUAUUUCUCAGAGUGUUUUUGAAACAUAUUAUUAAUACAAUAAAUUGCAAUAGUUC